UUCCCAUAAAUGAUCCAAGAACUGCAAGGAGGACAAGAUCUCCGACAAAGAGGCAGGGCGUGAUCUGUGCGCUUUACAUAUAACAUCUUCCGGCUCCCAGGGAGCCCAUUUCAUAGAGCAGGAGAAAGAGGCCAGGAGGGACACCGAGCUUCGGGAGCCGCGGGGAGGAAGCGGUGCUGUUUGGGGUCCGGGAACAGCAGGGGUGUGGCCUAGAUGCGCGGGCGCCCGGGGCUGCACGUCCUCAAGGCAAACUACAACUCCCAGGACACACCGAGCGCUGCCCCCGAGCGACGUCACGGCGGGGAAGGCGCAGGCGACUGGGCCCCCCGGCGAGUGGACUGUUCGAGCCCUUCCGCUCGGACCCGGGCCCUGACUCCGGCCCCACGAUGGGAGCUCCACUCCACGGGCUGAGACUGUCAGCAUCCUCGACGCGCCCUUGUCCCUGAAGUUGGAGAAGAGCCCCUACCCACCCACACCCCCCUUACCCCAUUUGGGUCGCCUCUGCCCCCUGGGUCCUCAGCCUUAGCGGCCACUGGGUCUAAAAAAAACAGGACGAUGAUCCUGGCGUUGGUGCUGGGGAGCGGCCCCCGGGGUGGGCCUCCACUCUGGCCCCUCCUAGGGCCAGCACUCAGGAUCCGGUCCAGCUCAACGUCAGCCACUGACACAUACCACGUGGAGAUGGCGCGGGAGCGCUCCAAGACCGUCACCUCCUUUUACAACCAGUCGGCCAUCGAUGUGGCAGCAGAGAAGCCCUCAGUCCGCCUCACGCCCACCAUGAUGCUCUAUGCAGGCCGCUCUCAGGAUGGCAGCCACCUUCUGAAAAGUGCUCGGUACCUGCAGCAGGAACUUCCAGUGAGGAUCGCUCACCGCAUCAAGGGUUUCCGCUGCCUUCCUUUCAUCAUUGGCUGCAACCCCACAAUACUACACGUGCAUGAGCUGUACAUCCGUGCCUUCCAGAAGCUGACGGACUUCCCUCCGAUCAAGGACCAGGCAGAAGAGGCUCAGUACUGCCAGCUGGUGCGACAGCUGCUGGAUGACCACAAGGAUGUGGUGACCCUCUUGGCAGAGGGCCUGCGUGAGAGCCGGAAGCACACACAGGAUGAAAAGCUUAUCCGCUACUUCUUGGACAAGACGCUGACUUCGAGGCUUGGAAUCCGCAUGUUGGCCACGCAUCACCUGGCGCUGCACGAGGACAAGCCUGACUUUGUUGGCAUCAUCUGUACUCGUCUCUCACCAAAGAAGAUUAUUGAGAAGUGGGUGGACUUUGCCAGACGCCUGUGUGAACACAAGUAUGGCAAUGCGCCCCGUGUCCGCAUCAAUGGCCACGUGGCUGCCCGUUUCCCCUUCAUCCCUAUGCCGCUGGACUAUAUCCUCCCGGAGCUGCUCAAGAAUGCCAUGAGAGCCACAAUGGAGAGUCACCUGGAUACCCCCUACAAUGUUCCAGAUGUGGUCAUCACCAUCGCCAACAAUGAUGUUGAUCUGAUCAUCAGGAUCUCAGACCGUGGUGGAGGAAUCGCUCACAAAGACCUGGACCGGGUCAUGGACUACCACUUCACUACAGCCGAGGCCAGCACACAGGACCCCCGGAUCAGCCCCCUCUUUGGCCAUUUGGACAUGCAUAGUGGUGCCCAGUCAGGACCCAUGCAUGGCUUUGGCUUCGGGUUGCCCACGUCACGGGCCUACGCAGAGUACCUCGGUGGGUCCCUGCAGCUGCAGUCCCUGCAGGGCAUUGGCACAGACGUCUACCUGCGGCUCCGCCACAUUGAUGGCCGGGAGGAAAGCUUCCGGAUCUGACUUCACAGCCUUUGGCCUGCUCGCCUGCCCAGCCUGGGCCCCAUUUCCUGCAGUACCUCCCUCAGGCAGGGCGGCUCCCCUGCUCCACACACUGCUGCAUCUCAGGGCCAGGGCCCCAGAUAGAUGGACUUACAUGGAGCUGGGCACCGCCCCACCUCAAUAGGGUCCACUGCCUCCUCGCCUCCAGGCCUUAGAUGGGGGAAGUGGGCACCCCGAGGCCUCCAGCACCAGCUCCCUCAUUCUCGUUCCUGGGAAACCCCUACUCUGACCUGUUGUUAUUAAAGUUCACAUUUUGAAUGCUC